UAAAAAAGGGUCACAGUGAAAAAACACACGUGGUAUCGUCAGCUUCCUCCUUGGUUUAUGCCACAUUUUCUCUGAUUUCGCAUUUUUUUGACAGAAACUAUCUGGCGAGAUGGGUGCCUAUUUAUCCCAGCCGAUCACAGAGAAAAUAUCCGAAGACAAAACAACCGGUAAAUUAAGUUACGGGGCUUCAAGUAUGCAAGGAUGGCGGAUGUCAAUGGAGGAUGCUCACAAUGCUAUAUUGGAACUGGAUGAAGAGACUGCCAUGUUUGGUGUCUAUGAUGGUCACGGAGGUUCAGAAGUAGCUAUAUAUUGCGCACAACAUUUGCCGGAAAUCAUACAAAACAGCAAAGCAUACAAAGACGGUGACCUUCACAAGGCUUUGGAAGAUGCUUUCAUGGAGUUUGAUGCCGUGUUAACUAAGGAUGAAGUUAUACGAGAGCUGAAACAAAUCGCAGGAACGCUUGAUGAGGAUGAUAAAGAUUCCGAGGAAGCAGCUAUGUUAGCGGAAGAAGCAACCCUACCUCUGUCAGACCUUCUGGCCAAAUAUGGACAACAGCUCAAAGAACAUUCCAAAACCAAAGCACUCAGGAAAAAAGUUAAUCAGGAAGAUCUCCUUUCACCCAUGAUCUCGAAAAGUAAAAGCAAAAUAAAUCCUCUUAUCAAUGAGUUUGAAGGAACUGGGGACACCAAAAUAAAUGGUCAAAAAUCAGACACUAUUGACAGUGCAGACGAAAUAAAAAAUGAACACAAUGAUUCCAAGGAAAAGGGUGACAUUGAAAGUGGGGUUUCAGAAACAGACUGUGUCACACCAAAAAAAUGCAAUGGUAAAAGUCAUCCAGAGAUUUCAAAUAAGACUGUGGAGAAUAAUGCAGGUAAAACACAGAAUGAGAAAGAUGCUAAGCCAGGCGGAUCAACAGCUGAAAAUGGCGAUGUUGAUGAGGAUGAGGAUGAUGAAGAUUACAAAGAAGGGCAAGAUCAUGUUGAAGAUGAGGAUGAAAAUGAUGACGAAGCGGAGGAUGAUGACGAUGACGACGACGAUGAUGAAGAUGACGAUGAGGAAGGCGAGGAGGAUAGCAGUGAAGAAGAAGAGGAAGCAACAGGCCGUCAACGUAGCGGUGUCUUUUCAGAACAAGAAGAGCCUGGCAGCGACAGUGGCUGCACAUGCGUUGUUGCUUUACUUCGAGGGAACCAAUUAAUUGUGGGAAAUGCAGGUGACUCAAGAUGUAUUGUUUCCAGGUCAAACAAAGCAAUUGAUCUAUCCAUUGACCACAAACCAGAAGAUGAGCUAGAAAGAAAACGCAUUGAGAAAGCCGGCGGUAAAGUCACCAUGGACGGGAGAGUGAACGGUGGACUCAAUAUGUCACGAGCUCUAGGUGAUCAUUGUUACAAGAAGAACUCGGCUCUUCCCGCCAAAGAACAAAUGAUAUCAGCAUUCCCAGACAUACAGACAUUGACCUUGACUCCUGAAGAUGAAUUUAUGGUUGUUGCCUGCGAUGGCAUUUGGAACGUCAUGAGCAGUCAAGAGGUCGUUGAGUUUGUGAAAUCGCGACUUGACAUGAAAGAUGAUGAGAACAAACCGAGAACAUUAUCGUCAAUAUGUGAAGAGAUGUUCGAACACUGCAUAGCACCAGACACGAUGGGAGACGGUACUGGAUGCGAUAACAUGACUUGCGUUAUCAUCAGGUUAAACACGUCAUCACCAAUCGGUAUAGACCAAUCAAUGAUAGGUACUAAAAGACCCGCCGGCGAAGACACAGCCUCCCCAGCAAAGAGAACUAAAGUCUAAUAAUGUGUUUCAAUAUAAAUUAAUUUUGUAACAAAAUUCGGAAAUGUUUGGCAGGCGUGUGUUGGGUACUAUUUUAUAAGCAGUGGCGGCCCUAUUCAAACUUUUCUGCAACCCCAUUUUCAAUUUGUUCUUGUUCUUGUUGUAGUUUGACAAAUUGCAUUAAUUUGUCUGCAGUAUAGACCAAUCGCACACAUGGCAUCUUUGACUAUUUAACCUUUUCACCGCCUGACUUUCUCGCCCAAAUUAUUCUGCACUUUUUUCUUAUAUUCUUCAAUAUUUCUGGAAAUGAUCCCUAAUUUUGGA